GCCUGUUUUGAUCGCUGUUAUGUAGUUGAGCUAACUGAGCUAGCCUCAUUGCUGCAGGAGUGUAUCUGAGCUGCUGCUGGUUCAAUGGUCUUGUCCUCCAGGCUAAGGCUCAUUUUGCGUCAUUUUGUGAACAGUGGUAUGGGAGAGAUGUCCUCCAAAGCCCAGAUGCCGACCCCAGAAUCAGCCCUGUCCGGCCGUACUGCAGGCAUAAAAGUCUCAGCCAAACACGAUGUGAACGGCAACCAGACUGUUCCACCUUUUCCAGAAGGGACAGAGAUGGCCACGUUUGGGAUGGGCUGUUUCUGGGGAGUGGAGAGGAAGUUCUGGAAACAGAAGGGGGUUUAUUCCACCCAGGUGGGCUACGCAGGAGGGUACACAGCUAACCCCUCCUACAACGAGGUCUGCACAG